GCCCCGAAGGAGUAAGCCGCGCUCCUGGGGGCUCGCCAGCAGACCUCUGCCUGCUCCUCCUGCACGAGAGAGGACAAAAUGCGGCUCCAGCAGCGUCCCCGGCGCCUGCGCACAGGGACGUGCGCUUGCAGCAGACACCUCAAAACCCCACGGCACGAAGCGCCGCUCGCUGCGUGGGCUGGUGGGAACCGGGCUUCACCGUGGCUUGUGGGCUCGAACAGAGACGAGUGCUCAGAAAUGCCACGCAAUGAGAUGGCAGCAGAUUAGCCAGAAGGCAACAAGAAACCCCUUGCGCCAUUGCCUUCCCGCUCGCAGGCCAGACCAUGCCGUGGCCACUGCUGGAUGAGACCUCCGGAGAGCUGCCUGUCAGGGACACGGACCCGGUCGCAGAGCAGGCAACGCAGCCCCGGAGCCGUGGGGAGCCAGGGGAGCAUCUCCAGUGCCGGCGGGAGCAGAUGGAGCGGUGGGAACGGCCCCCCAGCCCCGCCGCGGUGCCGCGAGCCCUGGCCGCGCGCCGCCCGGGACCCAGCAGCCAGCUGGAGCUGGCGAAGGCCCUGGAGGAGCUGAGGGGACGCGCGGGCGAGCUGGAGCGGCGAAACCGGGGGCUGCGGCAGCGCCUGCUCGCCUACCAGCAGCAGCUGCAGCUCCGGCGGUGCCACCGCUACGGCCGCCUCUGGCCGCUGCGCCGAGGGAGCAGAAAGCAUCGCCCCGGCGAGGCCAGGCGCGCAGCCACCCUUUCCCGAAGGGCAUCUCCCUCUGGGCCUGCCGGAACGUUGCCGACCCGCGGUGCCGCCGCAGGGACGCCGGAGCCGGCUCUGGCGGCGAGAGCGGCCUGCAGGGCUCCCGCCGGGCACCGCGUUGCCGAGGAGGUCAGGCCCCGCGCGGAGAGGCCCACGCGGGGCGCUGGCUUCGCAGAGCAGCAGCCCCCACGCCUACAGCACGGCAGCGAGGCGGAGCAGCAGUGCCAGCUGCGCCGAGCGGCCAUCCGGAGCAACGUGGAGCUGAUCCGGCUCCAGCGGCUCCUGCAGGAACGAGGCGUGGAGCUGGCCGGGGCCCGAGCCCACCUCGGCAGCCUGCGGCAGGUCUAUGAGAGGCGGCUGCGGCAGCACCAGGAGAUGGGCCGAGCCGCUGGCGAUGCCCUUCUGGCCCGGGUGGAAGAGCUUGCGGGGCGGCUGGUGAAGGAGACGCGCCGGGCUGCAGCCCUGGAGCAGCGGCUGCCGCGGCUCCGUGGGCUGUGGCGGGCACUGGAGGAGUUCCAGGAGCGGGUCGGGGAGCUGGAGCAGGAGCGAGACCUGCUGAAGGAGGAUUACGAUGAGCUGCUGCGGAGCUCCCUGCGCCACGGGGAGCCGCCGCCGCCGCCGGCGGAGACACCGGCUGAGAAGCAGCUGCCAGUGGCGCUGGAGCAGGAGCCAGCUGCAAGGACUCCUCCUCCUCCUCCUCCCCCGGCCUCUGUGGCUUGGUGCGAGGUGACAGAGCAGCGACCGAAUAGGAUGGUCCCGGGCAGCACGGAGCGAGAGGAGCGUCAGCAGGUGCCUGGCACCCCCGAGCCUCCCCACGCGCCGGGGCCGGACGAGCCGCUCGCCCUGAGGCGGAAGGUCCGUGAGACGGAGGCGGCGCACGCUGAGACCGUGCUGGAGCUGGAGAAGACGCGCGACAUGCUGAUCCUGCAGCACCGCAUCAACAGGGACUACCAGGUGGAGCUGGAAAGCGUGGUGCUGCAGGCGGAGCGGGAGCGCCGGAGCCACGAGGAGGAGCGGCAGCAUCAGGCCCAGCUCCUGGAGCUCCGCGCCGCCCGCAUCCGGCAGCUGGAGGGGCAGCUGCGCGAGGUCGCCUACGGCGCCCGGUGGCUCCCAGCACCACCAGCGGCCAAUGCGGGCGCCGAUGCCGGCGCGGCACCGGCUCCGUGCGGCGGGGAGGUGCUGCUGGAGCUGCACGUGGCCGGGGCAGCGCUGUCGGCGGAGGCGCUGGGGCACCUGGGGGACGCCCAGCCCCUCACCUUCUGCACCUACGGCAUCUACGACUUCGAGACCCACUGCACGCCGCUGGCGCUGGGGCCCCGGCCCCGCUACGGCUUCACCUCGCAGUACGUGGCGCGGGACGAGCCCCUCUUCCUGCGCUACCUGCGGCGCUCCGCCGCCCGCCUGGAGCUGCACUGGGCCGCCGCGGCCGAGCACGGCACCCUGGCAUCCUGCUGGCUGCGCUUCAGCGAGGCGCUGGGGCACGGCCGGCGGGUGCCCGCCACCGCCGCACUGCGGGGUCCAAGCGGAGAGAGCUUCGGCGUGCUGGAGUACUGGACGAGGCUGCAGCUGCCGGCAGAGCACCGAAACGCCUCUGGCUGCAGCUCGGAGGAGGAGGUGCUGGAAGCCGAGGGGCUGCGUAACGAGCUGCGGGUGCAGGUGACGGGCUGCGCAGGGCUGCGGGCCCGGCGCCUGGGCGCCUGGCCCAGCCCCUACGCCAUCUACCGCUUCUUCGCCUUCCCCGACCACGCCACGCUGGUUGUGCCCGGCAGCGGCGAGCCGCGCUUCGGCGACCUGCGGGCCUUCCCGCUGCGGGUCACGGCGGAGCUGCACCGCUACCUGCGGCUGGGCCGCCUCCGGGUGUACGUCUUUGACGACGAGGACGACGAGGAGCCUGGUGCCUACCUGGGCAAGGCGGAGGUGCCGCUGCUGCCCCUGGCCCGUGGGCGCAGCGUCACAGGAGACUUUGCCCUGGCGGAUCCCCACGGGAAUCCCAAUGGCACCAUCAACCUCAGCCUGGAGUGGCAGCACCGCUACGCGCCGCCAGCGCCGGACGACAGGAGCGCCCGUCGGCAUCGGGCCGCAGCAGCGCGCAGAGCCCCCGGCUCCCUCCCCCGGCACGACUCACCCCCGGUGCCAGAGUCUCUGCCGGAGGACGCAGCUUCCUUGGAGCGGGAGAGCGCCAGCGAGGCGCCGAGCACGGACAGCGAUGAGAUCGUGGUGGGGAGCAGCCCCUGGAAGCCAGCGCCGGUAAGCGCCGUGCGGCUGCUGGGGCCACGCAGGGCGCGUGCGAUGCUGCCCCCCCUCUCCCCCUCUCCCCCGCAGGCCUCUGAGCGCAUCCGUGUGGAAGUGGUCUCCCUGCGCCUGCACGCCGGCACCCCAGCCCACGGCUCCGCCGGCUGCCUCCGGCAGCUCUACGUGGAGUACCACUUCCCCGGCGUGCCGCCGGCUGAGACGGAGACGCCUCUGGCGCUGCGGGAGCCCCGCGGCAGCGAGGAGCUUUUCUUCCACUCCAGCCGAGUGAUCCGGCUGGACGGAGAGGUGGGAAAGGCGCGGCGGGAGCUCCUCUUCGCCAUGCUGCGGGACAAGGAGCUGGGAUGCAGCCGCCUGCGCUUCACCGUGGUGAGCGAGCCCGUGGCGGGAGCCCCUGGCGGCGAGUGCCAGGAGCUGGGCACCGCCUGGCUGGACCUGGCCGAGAUCCUGCGGACGGGCCGUGACGCGCUGGAGCGCGACCUGGACGUCUGCAGCCCGGCAGAGCCCGGUGUGGCGAUCGGCCAGCUCCGGGUCAGCGUGGAAGCGGCAGACGCCCUCCGCGCCGUGUACCGCCGGGGGCGGCAAGCCGAGUGCCGGGGCGGCCCCCUUCCGCCGUGAACACGUGAGGACCUGGAAAAGACGAACAUUUACCAAAAAAAAAAAAAAAAAGAAAAAAAACAACCCAUUUUAUUUAACAUUGCAAUUCUUCCAAAGUUUGAAAAUACCAAGAGCUACCGGCUACGAAAAAAAAAGAGAGAGAGCCUGCCCCGCUCCUCCCUCCUGGGAGCCGACGCUCCCCUCUUCUCCUCCAAAAGAAGAACCUCUCCCAGUGGCAGAGGAACAGAGAUAAAUACGAGACAGAGCCGAAUAAAAAAUAAAAAAAAAAAAGAGAGAAAAAAAAAAA